AUGGCUUCAUACUACCCAGAAGGCGAAUGCUACUUCGUCAGAAGCUCUUUAAGAUAUGGUCCUCACUGGAACGCAAACAACCAGAAUCUGUUCUAUAGAAGCGUUCUUCUUGAGUACUACUGGAACGGAUGGCCAGCGAGUGGAGUGACUCAAAGAUCCCAUACGAGGUCACGUUGGCAGCAUGGUACACCCUCCGGAAUUGGAGGCACGCGCUUCGGGGACUGGGACAGAUUCUGGGUGGGUGAGAGCAGAAACAACUCGCCGUCGGAUAUGCUCAGAAUCCACAGUCAUCCCAACAGCCUCAACUGGAAUGAAUGCCGGGAUCACCAGAGAGGAGGCCCCAGAAAAUACAUCCUUCGUCCGGUGGAAAUCCAGCAUCGCGAUACCCAGUGGCUAUGGAUUGAUGCUACUAUUCCCCUGAGAGCCAUCUACUUCCCUGUCGCGUUCAACACAGACCAAGCAUUCCCUCACCUGUGCACUUAUGUCGUUAUCGACUUCAGACACAGGACGCAACUUCAGAUGUCUGGUACUAGUGGAGUUACUAGAACGUUGACUCUCAACUCCCAUAACGGCCUUGGCUGGCAUGAUGGCCUCACAUGGGGUUUCAAUAUAACAGACAUCAUUGCCUAUCUUUCCAUCCCACACAAGCUGCGCAACCCGGACUUCGGGCUGUUCGCAUCCAAGCAACGUGGCCAAGAGCUGGUUGUUUGGGCCAACUCGUCGUUGGUUUGGAGAUCUUCUGUGUCGAUCACGAAUCAUCCGGAUUUCUUCCGCGAGAUGGACUUCGCCAGAAUCCUCAGCGCCACCUUUGGCGUCGAAAUCGGGUGGAGACCCUACCAGCACAACCCUUUCCUCAGGGACCUGCUUAUCCGCAUCACUCAGCUAGGGCUAGGCUUCAUCCCAGGCGUCGGACCCAUCCUCUCCGUUGCAUUCGGAAUAGGAGUUCAGCUGCUCAUAGAUCCCGACUCGUUCGGCAGGGACAACAUUCUUGAUCUAUCGUUUGCUGUUCUGGAGAGUGUGAUUAGCUCGGGCAAGAGAUCUCAGAAGUUUAUUGCGCCGGAUUGGCUUGCACAGUGUCCAUGUGGCGGCCAACAGCGGGGUGUGCCGUUGACGGAUCAGCAGAGAGAGGCUCGCAAGAAGUUGGGCGAGGAGAUCAACAACCGUCUGACUGCCGAGUUGAAUGCUCAGCCUGUCAUACGCUCUCUUGAGGAACAGGAGAAGCUUCUCACUGGGCGUGUUGAGGAGGUUCAAGAUGAGGCUGCGGAGACAGCCCAGAACGCUGCACCGGGAGAAGAACCGGAGGAGAAUCAGGAGAAUGAGGAGCAGGAAUAUAAGGAUGGAGCUGAGGAAACUGGUGAGAAGCAUGAUUGA